AUGAGUGUUUCUGAGCCCAGUGAGACCCUCCCUGUCAGGGGGACAGCUGGAUCCAGCAUGAGGCUCCCUCUUCACAGUGCAGGAGAUCACAACGGGAAUGCUUUCUCCAUUUCCUCUUCCUCGUCCUCCUCCUCCUCUUCCUGUCUGGGGGAGUUGUCUCCUGAGUCACUGCGGAGUCUGAGCAGCCUCAGUGGGGGCCGAACCGACAGCCCGCUGGACUAUGACAUGUUUGAGGUCACCCUGAUGACGAUGGUGAUGACCAAAACAGACAAACUCACAGACGCUGUGUGGCCGAAGGAGGACGGCGGCGCCGGUGACAAUGGUGACGUCUCGGUGGGAAAGAUACAAAUGGCGAAGGAGCUGUCAGAGUCCAAUGACAACUCUGUGUCUGUGUACCUGGACGCCAACAGCGGCGAAUACUGCCAAGACACCUGGAACGAUAAUAACAACCUGACUCUGGCCCUGACGACAAACAGCUGUCACUGUGGCAACAAUGAUGACCUCAGCAGUCGAAGUGGAAGAAAGCACGGCUCCUCCACUCCAGACUCGGACGCAACAGAAAUCCCUGGUGACGAUGAUGAUGAAGAGGAGGCUUUGUUUCUGUCUGUGAGUUCUGACAUGGCUGUCCGGAGAAGCAGCGUGACCCUCAUCAGCUCAACAAGUCAAGCCAGCACCAGCCUCAUGAUCGCAGGUGACUCUGCUGCCAUGACUGAGAUCCAGACAGAGCGACCUGUGGCUGACGAUGAGGGGCCUGAGCCGGUGUCAGAGGGGCCAGAGCCGGUGUUACAGGGGCCAGAGCCGGUGUUACAGGGGCCAGAGCCGGUGUCAGAGGGGCCAGAGCCGGUGUUACAGGGGCCAGAGCCGGUGUCAGAGGGGCCAGAGCCGGUGUUACAGGGGCCAGAGCCGGUGUCAGAGGGGCCAGAGCCGGUGUUACAGGGGCCAGAGCCGGUGUCAGAGGGGCCAGAGCCGGUGUUACAGGGGCCAGAGCCGGUGUCAGAGGGGCCAGAGCCGGUGUUACAGGGGCCAGAGCCGGUGUCAGAGGGGCCAGAGCCGGUGUUACAGGGGCCAGAGCCGGUGUUACAGGGGCCAGAGCCGGUGUCAGAGGGGCCUGAGCCGGUGUUACAGGGGCCUGAGCCGGUGUCAGAGGGGCCAGAGCCGGUGUUACAGGGGCCUGAGCCGGUGUUACAGGGGCCUGAGCCGGUGUUACAGGGGCCUGAGCCAGUGUCAGAGGGGCCAGAGCCGGUGUUACAGGGGCCUGAGCCGGUGUUACAGGGGCCUGAGCCGGGGUUACAGGGGCCUGAGCCAGUGUCAGAGGGGCCAGAGCCGGGGCCUGAGUCAGUGUUACAGGGGCCAGAGGUUGACAGUUCUCUGGAUCCACCUGUGGACAGCCAGACAGAACCUGCUGCUACUGAGGACCUAAGUGAAAACACCCACUCAUCAUUAUCUUCUACAAAUCCAGCACAAGAGUCUAAGGAAGCCACGUCACCUGAGGAGGCUGAGAGGUGUGCAGUGGGCUCCAGACCCCCCCAGCCUAACACCAGUCCACCUGCAAGAGCAGCAAAGACCAAACCAACCACCACCAAGUCGACCAACCCCGCUGCCAUCAAACCAGCCGGUCUGGAAGCAAAGAGAGUUUCUAAAGCAGACCUGAAAAACAUCAAGGCUAAAGUCAGAUCAAGGUCCACCUCAACCCCACCUAAAACCCUCACCCAGAACAAAUCUGCUCCAGCUAAUGGAAAGAAAGCUGCUCCUAGGAAGGAGGGAGCACAGACCGGGGAUGAGGGUAAAGGUCAAAGGUCAUCUGCAGAUCCAGUUAAAGUGUCUGUGGUGCUGAAGCCCAUCAGAGGAAAGAGCAGUAGCCUCAGAACCAACCAGCCAGAGAAGAGCAGUGUGGCUGUCAGUCAAACACUCUCUGCUUCCACCGGAUCUUUGGGGUGUGAGGAGGCCGAGGACGGACCCCUGGAGCCUCCCUCGAAGGCUGUCCAGGAGGUGCCUGAGACACACAGAACAGCUGAGAGUGUGGAGACAGCACGACAAAGUGAAGAUGCUGGUGAAGAGUCGGUGGAGAUCCUGAGGGGGGGCGCUGGAGAGGCGGGACUAACAGAGGCCUCGACGGAGAAACCAAGGAGUCAGAGCAGGAAAGUCUCCUCCAAGCUGGGGCCUGGUGUCAGGCAGCAGGGGAGAAGCAUCAGAGCGGUCUCUGGAUCAGCUCCACCUCCGGGCUCAGGGGCCGGACCUCCAGGACAUGGGAGCCCUGGGCUCAGGCAAACCCCAAUUGAAGGCUCCAUGUUGGGAGACGUUGGACAGAGCGCUGGGGGAGGAUCUCCAACCAAAGUGAGGCAGCUCCAGAGUCAGAGCUUCGGUCUUCCCAAAACUCGCACCACCACUUCCCCCUUUCUCCCAACCUUCAUCUCCAAGCCAACAGCCAAUCAGCAGCCGGCAGGGGUGUCGGCUGGGCGACCUGCCCCACCCACUGCGUCAAAACUUCCUGUAAAGGGAUUAUUCACAAACCUCAGCUCUUCAUCACUGGGAAGCAACGAGAAUAAUGGAGCUGCGAGUAAAGCUUCUCCAGUUCCUGCAGGAGCUCCAGCAUCCACAGGGACCAGGCCAGAUGAGCGUCCCAGCAGAGGCAUGUGUCCUGUGGGCAGCCAGAGUGCAACAAAGCCCCCCAGCUCCAGCACCAACACUCCCAGUGACACUGCUGCUUUAAAGCUUCCUGUCAUGAGGACCAGAGCUCUGUCUCUGCAGGCCAGGACCACUGCUACAGGUCUGAAGGCCCCCACGGCCUCCACCCACAAGACGACAGCUGCCAGUCAGGCAGCGGGGAGGACAGUGUCCUCUGCCUGUCAGGGGCUGACCAAGCCGACGUCCCAGUUUCCCUUACAAAGGAGCGGCUCAGCCAGACUCAGCCGACUGAACAGUGCCGGUACAGUGGACAAAAACAAAUCCCGGGAGACUCCAGCCAGACCCACAAACACCAGCAGCAGCUCCCAGGUAACAGCAGCUGCCGGAGGAAGUGAGCAGACCCAGCAGCAGCCUCCACCUGACCAGGUACCAGACCUGGUCAAUGCUAAUUUACCAGUAACAUCAGUUCUCCCAGUGCUUGUCGCUGAGGUCACCAACACUGGAUCAAGCACCACUGGAGCCUCUGGACUUGGGUUCAAAGCAACAACCGGAUCACGAUCCAGCCCCAAAACAGGAUCCUGUGUACAGAAUGCAUCUAGACCCGGACCCAGGGCUGUGGUGGCGGACAGGACAGCGAAACAGAACCAGAGCAAAGAGCAGGCAGAGAAGAAGAACCACGCCAUCCUCCAGCUGAGGAAGCUGCUGCUUCAGGGGAACAAGAGAGUGGAAGCUCUGGCCACAGUCAUCCAGCACCUGUUCACAGAGCGCGAGGAGGCCUUGAAGCAGAAGAAGGAGUUGUCUCUGGAGCUGACGAACCUCCGAGAUGAGCUGGUCACGUCAUCGCAGUGCUGUGAACGUCUGCGGCAGGAGAAGGAGGAGGUGCGUGUCAGCGUGGAGGAGGCUUUGAAGAGGCUGGAGGAGCAGCACAAGGAGGAGCUGGUGCAGCUGGAGGACAGACUGAGGAGUUUUUACCAAACUGAGUGGGACAAGGUCCAUCAGACGUACCAGGAGGAGGCCGACAAGUGCCGCAUGUUGAUGGAACAGCAGGUGGAGGAGCUGAGGAGCCGACAGGAAGCAGAGAGGAAGAACCAGGAAGUGAAUCACAUCCAGAAAAUGGAGUCUCUCAAACAGCAGUAUGAGACGUCCAUACAAGAGCUGAAGAGGAUCCAGCAGACAGACCUGCAGAACUUGGAGAAAACACUGACAGAGACUGAAACUUCUCUCUCAGAGAAAAUAUCUGAGCUGUCAGCAGAGAAGGAGGCUCUGAAUGAGAAGCUGCAGGCGGAGGAGGAGAGGAGGAAGUGGAUACAGACCGACAAGAAUCUGAAGGACUCUCACACAGUGUACCUGGAGCAGGAGCUGGAGAGUCUGAAGGUGGUGCUGGAGAUCAAGAACAACCAGCUGCACCAGAAGGAGAAGAAGCUGAUGGAUAUGGACAAACUGGUGGAGACUAAUGUGAAACUGGAGGAGUGUCUCACGAAGGUCCAGCAGGAGAACGAGGACUACAAGGCCAGAAUGGACAAACACGCUGCUCUCUCCAAGCAGCUGUCCAACGAACAGGCCAUACUCCAACAGACGCUGCAGAAAGAGUCCAAGGUCAACAAGCGUUUGUCCAUGGAGAACGAGGAGCUGCUGUGGAAGCUGCACAAUGGUGACCUGCUGGCGAGUCCCCGCCGCCUCUCACCCACCUCACCUUUCAACUCACCAAGGAACUCUGCCUCCUUCCCUACAACUGCCCCCUUAUCACCCAGAUAACCCCACAGGAAACACUAUCCUGUCCUCUGACCUCCUCAUCACCUUUCGAAGCCUUGGAUGGAUGAAGAUCCACAUACAGAGACAGACUUCAGACUUCAGUGUUGUUGGAUAUGAAUCACGUAACAAUCUUGUACAUUUUGAAUGAAUUGCAUUAAAAGACACUUAUUUUGAAAGUGGCAGACAUUGCAGUGGCACUGAUGCACUUCAGUCUGAGCGUGGGACUGGCCUUGUUCUAUCAGUCUCUACCAAACGCCUGCUUCACCAACAAACCCUGUUGUUCUGAAGAAAAGGGAACAGGCACCUCAGGGUCUGUACAUAGAGCCUCGCUCUCAUUGUGACUGUCCGGACUUUUGUUUUUUAUUGUACAGUUUCAGAUCAUCCUGUUCUUUAGUCCCUCUCUCUGAAGAGGUGGCUGGGAACCUGGCUCCCAGUUGUUUGGGUUUGCCGAAGUUAAGAUCGUCAUCUUAACAUCUGCAAACCCAAACAACUGGGUUCUCCUUGGUUUAAAGAGGAUGUUUGUUCCAAAGAGCGAAGCUCAAUCACUGAUUACUGAUCUGCUGUGGAGGAAGAAGAUGAACGUUGUGUCCCUCUGUGUUCACCUGAGGAGCUGACCAGGGGUCAGUGGACACCUGCUCCUCCAUGUGACCUCUACCUGAAUCUACUCUGUGAAUGUAAUCACCUUCAGUUCAGACACAGUCUCACAGCCAGAUAUGCAGUUGACUUAAGAAGGAAGGUGUUGGCCAGGACCGUUUUCACCCUCCUCCCCAUUUAAUUUUUCCCUAGCAGAGGGAUACCCCUCCACCCAUCCCACCCCCA